AUGCUUAGCCUAAAGCCGAGCGUACUCUUUUCCCUCGACAAAAUAGCCAGCAGAGCCAUUGCAAUAGCUGGGCCAGUAUUCAUACUUAUAGCUGUCGUCUUGAUUUCGUUGGCUGUGAUAACGUAUUAUAGCGUUGUAUUCCCAUAUGCAUUUGUUUGGGAUAAGGACUAUAUAUGGUCGAAAGUCAAUUACUAUCUUGGGUUGAUAUGGAGCAUUUAUUUAACAGUGUGUAUUGCGUUUCAUUAUUACAUGUCAAUAACGACAAAACCUGGAGGUAUUCUGAUUGGAGGCACAGGAGAUCCAAAUGAUGAUCCGGUACUUCAUGAUAUCUUCGUAGAACUGGAGGAAUAUCAAGAAUUUCCAAAAACAUGUAAAAAAUGUCAUCUUCCUAAACCGGAGAGAGCUCAUCAUUGUUCAGUAUGCAAACGAUGUGUGCUUCGAUUUGACCAUCAUUGCCCGUGGAUAGCAAACUGUGUUGGACACUACAAUCAUAGAUACUUUCUCCUAUUCAUGACUUAUCUUACGAUCGCUUGCGCCUAUUUUACUAUUCUUGGAUGGCAGCCGUUUUUACUGAGUUUGGAAUUCGAUUCCGAGUGGGAAUGGUGGAUGCCCAGACCGUAUGUGGCGUUAACGUUCCUACUAGCAGUUUCUAUAGGGGUGGCUUUAGGAGGAAUGUGCCUGUGGCAUUAUUAUCUCGUGGUCAGUGCGCAAACGACAGUAGAAUUCUAUAAUAACCGAUAUGCGAAGAGUGAGGCAAAACGGAGGGGAGAGGCAUUUGUCAAUCCGUAUAGCUUUGGCAUUGUUAAUAAUUUUAAGCAAUUCUUUAAUGUCGGCUCAAACUACCCCAUAUACACGAUAUUUCUUCCAAUACCAAUACCACCAUCGGGUAACGGAAAAGUGUGGCAGAAGAAUGCAACUCAGCGUUAUUCAACAGUACAAGUUGACGAGUACUCAGAAGAUGACGAAUAA